CUCCGCCUCCUGGCCACCUCAGCUGAAGAGAGGAAGCUGAAAACUUGGCCAGGCCCAUGGGUAGCUCCCUGCCCAGCUCACACACUCCUGCCUCUGCUCCACCUAAGAUGAUGUGGCUCUUCCCUGCUCUGCUCUGCAUGUCCAACCUGGCUCCCCUGGGGGCCUUCAACCUGGACGUGGCCCAGCCCUGGGUCACGCGGGAGGCAAGCAUGCCUUUUGUGCUCAGCUCUCUUCUGCAUCAAGAUCCCAGCAACAACCGCACCUGGCUCCUGGUCACCAGUCCUAGAAUCAACAGGACCUCAGCACCCCUACAUCGAUGCUCCCUCACCCAGGAUGCAAUCGCUUGCCAACCUGUAGAGCAUGUCCCCAUCCCAAAGGGGAGGUACCAGGGAGUGACAGUUGUCCGGAACCACCAUGGUGUCUUGAUAUGCAUUCAGGUGCAGGCCCGGCGGCCCCACAGCCUCAGCUUAGAACUCACAGGUGCCUGCAGCCUGCUGACCCCUGACUUGCGGCCCUGGGCCCAGGCCAGCUUCUUUGACCUUGAAAAUCUCCUGGCUCCGGAUGCAUAUGUGGAUGCUGGUAACUGCAACAGGAACAGAAGAGGAAGUACAGGGCAGGAGGAGAAUGGAGCCAGGAAGUCAAGGGCUCUGGAGGAAGAGGAGGAAGAGGAGGAAGCUGGCACUGAGAUCGCCAUUGUCUUGGAUGGCUCAGGAAGCAUUGAUCCUCCAGACUUCCAGAGAGCCAAAGAAUUCAUCUCUAACAUGAUGGAGAAGUUCUAUGACAAAUGUUUUGAGUGCAGCUUUGCCCUGGUGCAGUAUGGAGAAGUGAUCCAGACUGAGUUUGACCUUCGAGACAGCCAGGAUGUGAGUGCCUCACUUGCCAGGGUCCAGAACAUCACUCAAGUGGGGAAUGUCACCAAGACUGCCUCAGCCAUGCAGCACGUCCUAGACCACAUCUUCACUCCAAGCCGUGGCUCCAGAAAAAAGGCAUCCAAGGUCAUGGUGGUGCUCACGGACGGUGACAUAUUUGGUGACCCCCUCAACCUCACAACCGUCAUCAACUCAGCAGAGAUGCAGGAUGUAGAGCGCUUUGCCAUUGGGGUUGGAAAUGCGUUCCAGAAAGUUAAGACUGAAGCAGAACUGAAGCUCAUCGCCUCGACCCCUAGUGAGACCCAUGCCUUCAAGGUGACCAACUACGCAGCGCUAAACGGGCUGCUGAGUAAGCUGCAGCAGAACAUCAUCCACACAGAAGGCACCGUGGGAGAGGCCCUCCGCUACCAACUGGCACAGACUGGCUUCAGCGCCCAGAUCCUGGAUGAGGGUCAGGUGCUCCUCGGUGCUGUCGGGGCAUUUAACUGGUCUGGGGGCGCACUGCUCUACAACAUGCAGUGCCGUCAGGGCUGCUUCCUAAACCAGACUCCAGCAGAUAUGGGAGCUGCACAGUACAGCUACCUGGGUUACUCAGUGGCCGUGCUACACAAGGCCCAUGGCAUCUCCUACAUAUCGGGGGCUCCACAGUACAGGCAACGUGGGGCCGUGUUUGAGCUCCAGCCGGACAGCAGAGAGGCCACCUCCUCUCGGGUUCUGGAAGGAGAGCAGUUGGGGUCCUACUUUGGUUCCGAACUGUGCCCUGUGGACAUCGAUAUGGAUGGAACCACAGACUUUUUGCUGGUGGCUGCUCCGUUCUACCACGUCCAUGGAGAAGAAGGCAGAGUCUACGUGUACCGUCUGCAUGAGCAGGACGGUUCCUUCUCGUUGGCUCACGUGCUGAGUGGGUAUCCUGGGUUCUCUAGUGCCCGCUUUGGUUUUGCCGUGGCAGCUGUGGGGGAUAUCAAUCAGGAUAAGUUCACAGAUGUGGCCAUUGGGGCUCCCCUGGAGGGUUUGGAUGUGGAUGACGGGGGCAGCUUCGGCAGUGUGUACAUCUACAAUGGACACCAGGAUGGCCUCUCUGCCCGCCCCUCACAGUGGAUCAGAGCCUCUUCCGUUGACUCACGACUCCACUACUUUGGUGUGUCUGUGGCUGGUGGCUUAGAUUUCAGUGGUGAUGGCCUUGCUGACAUCACUGUGGCCACACUGGGCCGAGCAACUGUGCUCUGCUCACGACCUGUGGUUCACCUGAAGGUGUCCAUGACCUUCACCCCUAGUGCACUGCCCAUUGGCUUCAACGACAGCGUGUACGGGCAUUUGUGUUUUGAAAUGAGUUCCACAACUGUGGCAGCUGAAUCAGGCCUCAGGGAGACAGCCCUCAACUUCACGGUGAGUGUGGACGUGGCGAAGCAGAGGAAAAGGCUUCAGUGUGCAGACACGAGGGAGUGCCUGAACCACCGCCUAGAGUGGAAUAGUGAGCCCCGCCUCUGCAAGCACCUCCAGCUUGUCUCCACAGAGGGAGAGCUCUGUGAGGAGGACUGCUUCUCCAACAUCAUUGUCAAAAUUAACUACGAGCUCCAGGCUCCUGAGGGACGGGAGAGGCACAUCUACCCCAUCCUGGACAUUUACAUGGAGCCUUCUGUGAUCUUCCAGCUGCCCUACGAGAAGGCCUGCAAGAAUCAGCUGUUUUGCAUCGCUGAGUUACAGCUCGCCACUGCCAUGUCUCAGCAGGAAUUGGUGGUGGGUCUCUCCAAGGAACUUACCAUGAACAUUAGCCUAACUAACUCUGGGGAAGAUUCCUACAUGACAAGCAUGGCUUUGAAUUACCCUAGAAAUUUGCAAUUUAAGAGAAUACAAAAGCCUCCUGCUCCAAACAUUCAGUGUGCUGACCCUAAGCCAGUUGCAUCCAUCCUGGUCAUGAACUGCAAGAUUGGUUACCCCAUACUCAAGAGGUCAUCUGUAAACAUGUCAGUAGUUUGGCAGCUGGAAGAGAAUAUCUUUCCAAACAGAACAGCAGACAUCACUGUGACCACCGGCAAUUCUAAUGGAAGAUCUUUGGCUAGAAAGACCCACACUCUUCAAUUCAGGCAUGUCUUCAUUGCAGUUCUUUCCAAACCAUCUGUGAUGUACAUGAACACAAGCCGGGGGCUUUCUGACCAUAAAGAAUUCCUUUUCAAUAUAUAUGGAGAAAAUCUGUUCGGAGCCCGAUUCCAGCUGCAAAUUUGUGUACCAAUCAGAUUACAAGGUCUCGAGAUUUUAAGAGUGAAGAAUCUGACAAAGAUUCAGGACUACACGGUGUGCACCCAGAGUGAGGAGCGUGCCUGUGGGAGCGAUCCGGUUCAGCAUGUUGAAAAGUGGCACUCAGUGAGCUGUGCCAUCACUUCGGAUAAAGAAAAUGUCACCGUGGCUGCAGAGAUCUCCUUGGAUCACUCUAAGCAGUUACUAAGAGAUGUAACUGAACUACAGGUCCUUGGUGAAAUAUCUUUCAACAAAGCCCUAUAUGAGGGACUGAAUGCAGAGAAUCACAGAACUAAGAUCACAGUCAUCUUCCUGAAAGAUGAAGUAUACCAUUCUUUGCCUCUUAUCGUUGGAAGCAGUGUUGGUGGCCUUCUGGUUUUGGUCGUGAUUGUAAUCAUCCUGUUCAAGUGUGGCUUUUUUAAAAGAAAAUAUCAACAGCUGAACUUGGAGAGCAUGAGGAGGGCCCAGCUGAAAGCAGACGAUCUGCUCACAGAAGAAAAUUAGGAUCCACAUCUUCAUCCAUUGGGAUCCUUGAACUUCUAGAACUUUGGUGUUGUCCUGCUUACUUUUUUCUUAGGAUGAUCUAGAACAGCAUUGAGUAAAUUGGAGAAUAUUGUUUUUUAAUUAUACAUUGUCCUAAAAAGUGUCUGUACAUUGUUAAAAAAGGAAAUCUGGGAAACAUUUGAUACUAAAAUUAAAUGGCUUUCUUUACAAUUGUGCCUUAAAUAUGCAAAUAUUCUUUAUGAUUUGCAGUAAAUUUUGAUGUCUCAGGCCAA